AAUAAAAAUUAAAAAAUGAAUUCUGAAUAACUUGCUUAUGCAUAUGCAACUUUAUUAUUAGUUGACGCUGAAAAAGAAACAUCUGCCGAAAAUAUUGAAAAAGUAUUGAAGGCAGCCAACUUAAAAGUAAAUGCUUCCCAAAAUGCCGCUUUCCAAAGAUUAUUUGCUCAUACACCUGCCAGUAAAUUAGUUCCAUAAUUAGGAGGUGGAGUAGCAAGUUCUGCCCCUACUCAAUCUGCUUAAGCUUCAGCUCCUGCUAAAGCUGCAGCAAAAGAAGCUCCUAAGGAAGAACCUAAAAAGGAAGAAGAAGAAGAUUACGAUAUGGGAGAUCUUUUCGGUUGAUUUAAUUUUGUUUAAAAUAAUAUAAAAAGCAAUAGAAGUUUUUUUUUUUUAUUAAGAAAAAAAAAAAAAAAAUCGAAUUAAAAAAAUAAAUUAUUAUUUUUUAUUUUUUGUUUCUGAU